UCUGACGGGUGUGCUUCGAAGUUUUGUGUGGCUGAAGGUUUUUUCAAUUUCAUAAGUGUGCUUGGGUGCUUUGCUUGGUUAAUUUGGAAUUAAAAUUUCUGGAUGUGUUUGUGCUAAACAUUUAUCUUCCAAUCGAAAAAGUUCCACAACACACUUACAAAGUUACACAGAACUUUAUUUUAUACUUGUGCCUGGAGAAACUUGGGGUAUAUAAUUUGUACCCUAUUGAGAACAAAAGCGUCCGCAUAUUCCAUAAGACAACCUGAAUAUUUUCUGUAAAUUCAACCAUCCUGUACUUCGAUAAUGUCCGCGGCUAUUUUACAGCAGAAAAACGGAAACAAUUCAAUUUAUUUUGAGUGCGGCGAUAUUUUCAAACCG